AUGAGUUUUUUCGCAAAUAACACAGGAAAUUCAGGUCAAACUGGGGCUGGAGCAGCGGGUGGUAAUAUAUUCGGUGGUGGCGGUAACGCGAAUGCAGGAGGAUCUACUGGCACGCCGAGUAUCUUUGGGAAUACUGCCAACAAACCGGCAGGAUCCAUCUUUGGUGGCGGGAACUCUACGUUAAAUACAGGAACAGGAAGCGGGACGAAUCUUUUUGGAGGUGGAGGUGGAGGUGGAGGUGGAAGUGGAACAUCGACUUCUACACCUUCUUUGUUCGGAGGAGGCCCAAAUACCAAUAACAAUACCAAUACAGCCAAUAAUGCAUCCGCUGCAAACCCAACACCUGCCCUUUUUGGAGGAAGCCCGUUUUCAUUACCAAAACCAACCGAACAAGCUAAUGCGCCAAAACCUGCUACAUCUAGUUUCUUCAGCAACCCAACACCGAAUCCCGGCUCAUCAGCACCUACUCUGAACACUGGACUUUUCGGCUCAACAGCCCCCAAGCCAGGCGAAAAUAAUGCUUCAUCAACGUCAGCGGCAUCUGCACCUGGUACCGGAGGUACUGGCUUACUUGGUGGAGGAUUUUUCAAUAAGCCUGCCACUCCCGCGACAAAUACACAGGCUGCUGCUACUCCGUCAACAUCGACAUCCCCUUUCUCUCUUGGCGGAAAUGCUGCUGGAUCUGGAACUAUCCCUACGGCUCCAUCAACCCCAGCUUUGGGUGCAGGUCUUUUCGGCACCAAACCCGCUGAAAAUGCGGGAGACAAGGGCAAAGCUCCCGCUGUGCCUACAGGAAACCUUUUUGGUGCCCCAAAACCCGAAGAGAAGAAGGAUGGAGGCGCUGCCGGUACAACACCAUCAGGGGGCCUGAGUUUUGGUGUAUCAAAACCAGCAGCAGGUGGUCUAUCAGGCAUCUCCACUUCGACCACUUCGACCGCACCCCCUGUCGCCGUACAGCCACCGUCUAUGCUACGAGGCAAAACCAUUGAAGAGAUUGUCAAUAAAUGGUCUAACGAGCUGGAGACCCAUGUCAAGGAAUUCAACAAAUUCGCUGCAGAGGUGUCGGUUUGGGAUAGGGCACUUAUCGAGAAUUCAAAUAGUCUGGCAACACUCUACAGUCAUGUUCUAGCCGCAGAACGUGAACAGAACGAAGUCGACCAAUCUCUUGAUCAUAUCGAACAGCAGCAGAAGGAUUUAGCUGCUACACUUGAUGCAUACGAGAAGGUCACUGAAGAAAUAUUUGGUGGCCAAGGGGGGAGUUUACGUGCGUUAGACACUGGUCCUGCGGAUACUGAGAGGGAUAAAAACUACAUGCUUGCGGCAGAUUUACAAACGCACCUUGACGAUCUGUCCGGUUCCCUCACACAAAUGAUUGAAGCUGUCAAUGGCUUGUCCAUAUCAUCAGGACAAUCUAGCUCCGGUGAUCCAAGUGCAAACGGGAACGAUAGAUCACAGGAAGAUCCUAUGGCUCAGAUCUCUCAGAUAUUGAGCAGCCAUUUGGAUAGCUUGCAGUGGAUUGAUGGAGCGGUGAGAGAGAUUGAAGGUAAAGUCACAGAGGUAGAGAGAAGGGUUGGCGAGUCGGGACACGGAUCGAGCUAUGGCGGCGGAAAUUCGAGUGGAAGCGGGAUCGGUGGAGUGGGCGUGAGAUCAAGAAGUUUUCGUGCAUGA